UCAAGUGUCCAAUCAGUUGAUCUACUCGACACAAUCAAGUAAUCAUCAUGCCUGCUAAGACUAGUGGAAAAGGAGCCAAGAAGGCCGGUAAGGCCAAGGCCAGCCGUGCAGCUGGAGACAAGAAGAGGAGGAGGAAGCGAAAGGAAAGCUACGGAAUCUACAUCUACAAGGUUCUGAAGCAGGUUCACCCCGACACUGGUAUCUCAAGCCGUGCCAUGUCCAUCAUGAACAGCUUCGUCAACGAUGUCUUCGAACGUAUUGCCGGUGAGGCUUCCCGUCUUGCCCACUACAACAAGAAGUCCACCAUCAGCAGCCGUGAGGUCCAGACCGCUGUCCGUCUCCUCCUCCCUGGUGAAUUGGCCAAGCACGCCGUCUCUGAGGGCACCAAGGCCGUCACCAAGUACACCACCUCCAAGUAAAUUGGUCAUUGCCAUUUUACAACGAACGGCUCUUUUCAGAGCCACCAAUAUUUCAAGAAAGAACAAAGUUAUUAUCUCGUAUUACUUUCCAUUAGUUUAAUCAUGUAAUAGUAAGAUGAUGGGAAAUUCGAAUGAAAGACUGAAUGAAAUACAGUGAAAUAGAGAGCACAAGAGCAGAAAACAAGAAAAGUAGUAAAAGUCAGAGGGACAUAGAAAAAUAUACAGAGAAGUUUAUUUAAGCUUCCCGUGGGCUUAGUGAAACAAUUGCAUGUUACGAAAGAAAGAGACGUUACAAGGGAGAGUGAAAAGAAUAAAGAAAGUGCAGAAUGAAUUGAUAAGAAUUAUUUGAUGAAUGAAACUGAGCUAUGCUUCCCAUUAUAGGGACGGUACCAAUGUAAUGUAGGGCAAGAUGUCGACCUAUAAUCCUGACGUCAUUUUUUUUGUCAGUCUAUGUAGAGUUACCCGAUCCUGAUGAUUAUUUUUAUAGCCUUCUUUCUCUUACAUUCUUUUUAUAUUCA